UGUGGUGAUCAUAUUACUGGUGGGGAUAUAUAUGGCAAAAUUUUUGAAAAUUCUCUAGUAAAUGAUCAUUAUAUUAUGCUACCACCAAAAUCACUUGGUACAAUCACACAUAUCGCAGAUAAGGGUAGUUAUACUUUAGAGGAUGUUGUACUUGAAACAGAAUUUGAAGAUCAAAAAUCAUCAUAUACAAUGUUACAACUUUGGCCUGUUAGAUCACCACGUCCUGUAACAGAAAAAUUGUCUGCAAAUUAUCCAUUGCUUACUGGUCAAAGAGUUUUAGAUUCACUUUUUCCUUGUGUGCAGGGUGGUACUACAGCUAUUCCAGGUGCCUUUGGAUGUG